UGUGAGUUGUCUUCCCUGUUGAAAGAAAUGUGCAGGUUGCAUGGGCUACAGGGAAAUGAAGGAAGUAAAGACAAUCACAUUCUACCCAUGGUUGCAUCUGGGAAAGUUGAAAGCAGUGGAGCAUUUGCUUGUUUGAGGCAUUGGGAAACACCCACAUGCUCUCAGGCUUUACGACUGCAGAUACCUUUCUCCAAUAUGCUGCCUUGUGGAAGAUUGGAGCUCAGGGGCAGAAGACAACCUUAACCCCAGCCCCUCCUGCUACCUUCUCUCCUCUCUCCUCGCUUGCAUUAGUAGUCGAAGAGUGCUUCUUGCUUCAAAACCGGAUUUUGAUGUUGGAGCUUGUGGGAGGCGUUCUUCGUUUCGAGAUUUCGGUUGUUAGGCUGUCUUGACCAUCGAGGAGAGCGGAGCUCUUUUGCCAUCUCUUUCUUGAGUUGGUUUGGUUUGCAGUUCGGGAAGAAAGCAAUGGCUCCGAGGUUGGAUUUUUCCGACUGGUGGACGAGGAAUUCACGAAAAGGCACGCCGGUGAUAGUGACCAUGGAGAAUCCUAACUAUUCCGUGCUCGAGAUCGAUGGCCCCGACGAGGAAGCGUUCGGCUCCAUGGAGAAGGACCGGGGGAAGAAUGCGAAGCAGUUCUCCUGGAAUUUGCUCCUCAAGGCCCACCGCGCCGUGGGUUGCGUCGCUUGGUCGGCGACGGUGCUGUGGGCUCUGCUUGGAGUCAUCAAGAAAAGGUUGAUCUCCCGGCAAGGAGUGGAAACGCAGGGCGAGAAGCCCGGCAGAGGCCGGCUGCUGCUGAGAGUUCUAAGGAUGUUCUUGGUGUUGUCUGUGGUAGCUCUCGCUUUCGAGUUUGUUGCUUACUGGAACGGAUGGCACUUCCAGAAGCCAAACUUGCAGCUGCCCGAAAACCUGCACAUCCCGGAGACCACCGAGAUCCGAGGGUGGCUGCACUCGGCCUACCUCUCAUGGCUUCUCUUCCGAGCUGACUACAUUGCCCACCCAAUUCAGAUGCUGACCAACGUAUGCAUAGUUCUCUUCAUCAUUCAGUCAGCAGAUAGGAUGAUCCUUUGCCUUGGUUGCUUCUGGAUCAAAUUCAAGAAGAUCAAACCGAGAAUCGACGGGGAUUCAUUCAAGGAGUAUGAGCAUCCCAUGGUCCUAAUUCAGAUACCCAUGUGCAACGAGAGGGAGGUGUAUGAACAAUCGAUCUCUGCUGUCUGCCAAAUCGACUGGCCUAAAGAUCGGAUGCUAAUCCAAGUGCUCGAUGAUUCUGACGACGAGGCCAUCCAGAUCUUAAUCAGAGCAGAGGUUUCUAAGUGGAGUCAGCGAGGUACAAACAUCGUCUACCGACACCGGUUGGUUAGGACUGGUUAUAAAGCUGGAAAUCUGAAAUCAGCAAUGGGCUGUGAUUAUGUUCAGAAUUACGAGUUUGUGGCGAUAUUUGAUGCUGACUUCCAACCAAAUCCUGAUUUCCUUAAGCUAACUAUUCCACAUUUUAAGGGAAAUCCUGAGCUUGGAUUAGUUCAGGCACGGUGGAGUUUCGUAAACAAGGAUGAGAACCUGUUGACUCGCCUCCAAUAUAUCAAUCUUUGCUUUCAUUUCGAAGUUGAGCAGCAGGUAAAUGGAGUUCUUUUGAAUUUCUUUGGUUUUAAUGGAACUGCGGGCGUGUGGAGAAUCAAAGCAUUGGAGGAUUCAGGAGGUUGGCUGGAGAGAACCACCGUAGAGGAUAUGGACAUUGCCGUUCGUGCACACCUCAAAGGUUGGAAGUUCAUCUUCCUAAAUGAUGUCAAGGUCCUCUGUGAAGUCCCAGAAUCUUACGAGGCUUACCGAAAACAGCAGCACCGAUGGCACUCUGGACCGAUGCACCUAUUUCGCUUAUGUCUUCCAGAUAUUAUUAGAUCAAAGAUAUCGAUAUGGAAGAAGGCUAACUUGAUCCUGCUGUUCUUUCUUUUAAGGAAGUUAAUCCUUCCAUUCUAUUCUUUCACAUUGUUUUGUGUAAUUCUUCCCGUCACGAUGUUCGUCCCUGAGGCUGAGCUGCCUGUUUGGGUAAUUUGUUAUGUGCCGGUCCUCAUGUCCUUCCUCAACAUUCUCCCAGCACCAAGAUCUUUUCCGUUCAUCGUGCCGCAUCUUCUCUUUGAGAACACCAUGUCGGUCACCAAAUUCAAUGCCAUGGUCUCAGGAUUGUUCCAACUUGGGAGUUCAUAUGAAUGGAUUGUUACCAAGAAAACAGGCAGGUCAUCAGAGUCAGACCUAUUAGCAGCAGCAGAGAGGGAAUCAAAGAGCAUGAGUCUUUCAAAAAUCCAUAAAGGUGUAUCGGAAAGUGAACUCAGUGAGCUGAGCAAAUUGCAGGAGGAACAGGGAAAAGCUCUACCUCCUGUUAGGAAGGAAAACAAGAUUUACAAAAAGGAGUUAGCUCUUGCUUUUCUCCUCCUCGUCGCUGCAGCUCGAAGCCUGCUGUCUGCCCAGGGAAUUCACUUCUACUUUCUUCUCUUCCAAGGAGUAUCAUUCCUUUUAGUCGGUCUUGAUCUCGUCGGAGAGCAGAUGAGCUGAAACAAAGAAGAAGGAAAGGAACUGUCGGCAGGGGCAUCGUCGGGUGUGAGGGAGUGUGUGGAAAACCAAGGCAUUGGUUAGCACCUACCACCCCUCAAUUAUGUACUGAAUGAUUGAGGAGGGAGAAGGGUCCCAAAGCUGAAGCAUAUGGGCACAUUCACUGGAUCUCUUGGUCAUGCUCCAUGACAGAAUGCUGACAUCCCCUUGUUGUAAUGUUGUCAACUGGUUUAGAUGGCCAACAACCAUUCUUUAGCUGUGGAUUCUGGUCACUUGCCUGCUAGAAAAGAAAUCACCUCAUCUCUGUUCAGCUUCCUUGUGUUCUCUGGCCAUCGCUCGUCCUCGUUGCCACUGCUGUUGGACAUGGAUCUGUGUGGAUCCAGCAGGAAGUUGGAGACACUUCCAUUGUUAAUUUUUACAAGCUUGUAGCAAACUCAACUGAUGUUAACAGCACUAAUCCACUAUUUCAGUCUGCCAGCUUGAGGAGAUCAAGUUGAGCUGCAUUCUGAUUCUGUAGCCAGUGAAGCCAAUGAUGAAAUGAACUUACAGAAUCUAGUCAUCUACUGCAUGCUAAUAUACAAUUUCAUCUUGGAAUUCCUGUUGGAAUGAGCAAGGCGCCCUUUUAGAGUUCUUCUGGUCUGCAGAGUAGUUGAACCCUGGAUUUAUGGGAAGAUGAGCCUUCCUGGAUUCUGAUGAGGUGAAGGAGAUGCAACCUUUGUGCUGUGGGUUCCUUUCCAAGCAAUUGCAUGGUCCUACUCCCAUGUGCAACCUUCUGGGCUUGUUGUUCAUACCUUCUGCAAACAGAGAUCAUUUCCACCUAUCUAGAAAAUGUCAGACACCAAAUGCCAGUCUCACCUCAUGAGGGAAAAAAGAUGUAUUGAUUUGUCUUCAUCAAUACCUCCAUGGCAUUGUCUUUUCCUCUUCUGAAUGGUUGUUCAUCACCUUCCUCAUCUUGGUACUCUCAUCUUAACCCCAACAAAAAUAUUUGUACUCAUUGUGUGGGGGCAUAUGUUUCAUUAUCUGGCCUUGCUAUAGCAUCAU